AUGCAGUCUGUGUAUCUAAAGUACAGAGCAGUAUCAACUCGAUCUCAGCUGAAUGUGCAUCGAACCUCGUCACUCUUUGAGGCUGAUUUGCUUGCCAUACCUUUCUCGGCCUUUUGGCUAAGAUCAAGUGUAGUAUCUGUUCUUAUCAGUUUAAUAUCUGAUACGAGGGUCAUCGACCCUCACGAUAUUAAUCUUAUUUCUUUCAGGGUGCGGGUCCAAUUCGGCAGCUUGCUGUCGAGGAUCUGCCAGUGUCGCCUCGGUAUUGCACUACCUCCUUGGCCGGCGCAGCCCACCCUCCCUCACCUGGGAGACCAACCAAAUGAAAACAGCAUAUCACAAAAGAUGGCGACUCCCUCGCCGAGUGGAGUGCACGAGUACACUGAACUGAUGCAGAUGAUGCAGGUAAUGCCGAUGCCUGCUUUCAGGAAAUCGUGUCGAUAA